CAACAAAUCAAUAAUUUCCAAGUCCUUUGUGAAAUGGCAUCAAAAUCUGCAUUUCGGAGAAAAAUGGGCUCUUCUUAUGUAUUCCAAUUUCUUUGUGGAAUUCUUCUCUUAUUAUGCAAGAGCACAUGUCAAGACUCAGCAACUGCAGCAUCAACCCUUCAAGGAAACGAAACUGAUCUACACACUUUACUUGACUUCAAGAGUAGGAUAGUUCAUGAUCCAUUCCACAUCAUGAGUUUGUGGAAUGAUUCAAUCCAUCACUGCAAUUGGUUAGGAAUUACCUGCAACAACUCCAAUGGAAGGGUCAUGUACUUGAUCCUUUCAGACAUGACAUUAUCUGGCACUCUUCCACCAUCUAUAGGAAAUCUCACAUUCCUCACCAGACUCAACCUCAGAAAUAGUAGUUUCCAUGGAGAGUUUCCUCAUGAAGUUGGACUUCUACAAUACUUGCAACAUAUAAACAUUAGUUACAAUUCUUUUGGUGGUAGUAUUCCAAGUAAUCUAAGUCAUUGCACUGAACUAAGUAUAUUAUCUGCUGGUCAUAACAAUUACACAGGAACAAUUCCAGCAUGGAUUGGAAACUCUUCAUCUUUAUCUUUACUUAACCUUGCUGUGAACAACUUGCAUGGAAGCAUACCAAAUGAGAUAGGGCAAUUAUCAAGAUUGACACUUCUUGCACUGAAUGGAAAUUACUUGUCUGGAACAAUUCCUGGUACUAUUUUUAAUAUUUCUUCCUUGUUCUUCUUCACUGUUUCUCAAAAUCAUCUGCAUGGUAACAUACCAGCUGAUGUUGGUUACACUUUUCCAAAUCUCGAAACAUUUGCCGGUGGAGUCAACAGCUUCACUGGAACAAUUCCAGAAUCACUGUCAAAUGCUUCAAGACUAGAAAUUCUUGACUUUGCUGAAAAUGGCCUAACUGGCACACUUCCUAAGAACAUAGGAAGAUUGCCCCUUUUAAAAAGACUCAAUUUUGAUGACAAUAGACUUGGAACUGGGAAAGCUGGUGAUCUGAAUUUUCUUGCUUCCUUGGUUAAUUGUACUGCUCUUAAAGUUUUAGGCCUUGCUGAUAAUAGUUUUGGAGGAGAACUGCCUAGCACAAUUGCUAAUCUUUCAACUCAAUUAACUUCACUUACUUUAGGUGGCAAUGGAAUACAUGGAAGUGUCCCAAUUGGGAUCAGAAACCUUGUUAACUUAACUUUUCUUGGAUUAGAAGAGAACAACCUAAGUGGUUUUGUUCCUCAUACAAUAGGUAUGCUUCGACUAUUAAAUGGUUUGGAUUUGAAUGGCAACAACUUUUCUGGGGUAAUCCCUUCAUCCAUUGGAAACUUGACAAGGUUAACAAGGCUACAGAUGGAGGAGAACAACUUUGAGGGAAGCAUACCAGCCAAUCUAGGAAAGUGCCAAAGCUUGUUGAUGCUAAAUUUAAGCCAUAACAUGCUCAAUGGUACCAUACCAAGACAAGUCCUUACCUUGUCUUCUCUUUCAAUUUACUUGGACUUGUCUCAUAAUGCUUUGACAGGGCCUGUGCCUGCUGAAGUGGGCAAGUUGGUCAAUCUUGCCCAGUUGGACCUCUCAGAGAACAAAUUGUCUGGCAUGAUUCCAUCUUCUCUUGGCAGCUGUAUUGGUUUGGAAUGGAUACAUUUGCAAGGUAACUUUUUUGAGGGAAACAUUCCUUCAACUAUGCGUUAUUUGCGAGGCUUACAAGAUAUAGAUCUGUCAUGCAAUAACUUCUCUGGGAAGAUUCCUGAAUUUCUUGGUGAGUUCAAAGUGCUAGAGCAUCUCAAUCUUUCUUACAAUGAUUUCAGUGGAAAAUUACCAAUGAAUGGAAUCUUCAAGAAUGCAACUUCCUAUUCAGUGUAUGGAAACAGCAAGCUCUGUGGCGGUGCCCCAGAGUUAGAUUUACCUGCAUGCACCAUCAAAAAAGCCUCUUCCUUCAGAAAAUUUCAUGACCCCAAGGUGGUUAUCUCUGUAAUAGUUGCACUUGUUUUUGUUCUCUUACUAUUUUGUUUUCUAGCAAUCUCUAUGGUAAAAAGAGCAAGAAAGAAAGCUUCUAGAUCAACUACUACAAAGGAUUUGGACUUGCAAAUUUCAUACUCAGAAAUUGCAAAAUGCACUGGUGGAUUCUCCCCAGAUAACCUUGUUGGCUCAGGAAGUUUUGGUUCUGUGUACAAAGGAACCCUUUCAAGUGAUGGAUCAAGUGUUGCAGUUAAAGUAUUGAAUCUUGAACAAAGAGGAGCUUCAAAGAGCUUCAUUGACGAGUGCCAAGUCUUAAGAAGUAUAAGGCACCGCAACCUUCUCAAGAUCAUAACAGCUAUCUCAAGUGUUGAUCAUCAAGGUAAUGACUUCAAAGCAUUGGUGUUUGAGUUCAUGCCAAAUGGAAGUUUGGAAGAUUGGUUGCAUCCUGUAGAUAAUCAGCAUAAACAGACAAAGACUUUGUCAUUUAUCCAAAGACUGAACAUAGCAAUUGAUGUUGCUUGUGCCCUGGAAUAUCUCCACCACUUUUGUCAUACUCCAAUUGUUCAUUGUGAUAUAAAGCCAAGUAAUGUGCUUCUUGACAAUGAUAUGGUGGCACACGUUGGUGACUUUGGAUUAGCUACAUUUCUGUUUGAAGAAUCAAGCGGUUCUCCCCAACAAUCAACCAUGUCAGGUGUGCUAAAGGGCUCUAUUGGGUAUAUCCCUCCGGAAUAUGGAAUGGGUGGCCACCCUUCAGCACUGGGAGAUAUUUACAGUUAUGGGAUACUAUUACUUGAGAUUUUCACAGGAAAAAGACCAACUCAUGAGAUGUUUGAAGGUGUCAGCAUGGGAAUUCACCAGCUUACAGCCUUGUCUUUACCAAACCAUGCCAUGGAAAUAAUUGACCCAUUAUUGCUCCCUAAGCGAGAAUUUGAUGAUAGAAAUGAACAAGUUUCCACAGAGGAGGAAGCAAUAUUGAGGGAGAAUGAACCUGAAGUAAUAGAGGGUUGCUUGGUUUCAGUGUUGCAAAUAGGAGUGUCAUGCUCUGUAACUUCACCACGUGAAAGGGUGCCUAUGACUGAGGUCGUCAACAAACUUCAUGCAAUUAAAAGCUCCUAUCUAAUACUAAAUCAGUUAAAAUAGAAUGAAUAGGGUGAAAAUGGAAAAAGGGAAGAGGGAAAAGCAUAGUGCCAAGUACGUUGUAUGGACGCAAAAAUUGUGGUACCUUUAGGUGAUUCGUGUAGUUAGGUAUACCUUUCUCGCCUUUUGGCAAAGAUAAAGUCCAUGUGUUAGGUGUUUCUUCACUUUUUACAUUAUUAUUGUAAGAAGAGAUUCCAAAAAUGCGAUGCGAAUUUAGUACUAGUGUGUAACACUCAUUGGUGACGCAAAAAAUCAC